CCGCCGUUGUCCAACGUCAAGCACGCGGGUGAGCAAAGCAAAAUAAAGAAACGUGCGUGCAGCUCGUCGCUUCGCAACUUCGUAAACAAUCCAACAUUAAACGUAGUUCUUUUUAUGUUAAUUUGCAAAACAUAACUCCACAACAUGUCGCUGCACAUUACCAGCGCAACCGAGGGCCAGUUGCAGGUGCAUUUCACCACCAAACAGAAACAGUAUGCCGUACCGGACGUUCCCUACUCGAUCCGUGCGAACGUUGGCUGCUCGGAGCUAAAUACGCUGCUCGGCACAGUGCUGAAAGAUGCGGGCAACAAGCAAGGCGCUAAAGUAGCGUUCGAUUUCCUGCUCAAUGGAGAGUUUGUACGAUCGACCCUGUCGCAGCAUUUGAAGGAGCGGGACAUUUCGUUCGAAGAUACGAUCGAGCUCGAGUACGUGGAGCGGUACCCGGCACCGCAGCCGCAGGAUUGUCUGCUGCACGACGACUGGGUGUCGGCGGUGCAGGCCAAGGACGGCUGGAUACUGACCGGCACGUACGACAACACGGUCAAUCUGUGGAAUACGAAGGGCAAGCAUAAACUCACCAUUCCCGGGCAUGUCGCCGCAGUGAAGGGAGUUGCCUGGAUAUCGCUGAACGAGCAGACGGGCGUGUUUGCCAGCGCCAGCCACGACCAAACGAUCAUGAUCUGGGAGUGGAACAUGACGACCAACACGGCGGAGUGUGUGCACGUGUGCAAGGGGCACGAGCGUGGCGUGGGUUGCAUUGCGGUCAACCCGGCCAAAACGCAGAUGGCUUCGGGCAGCAUGGACACGAUGCUGAAGAUUUGGUCCACCGAGCUGCAGGCGGACAAGGGGGAACCGUCCGCGACGAAGAAGGCCAAGCUAGAGCAGGAUAACGUGCGCACGCCGGUGGUGACACUUGCCGGGCAUCGUGAGUUUGUAUCGGGCGUGCAAUGGAUCGACAACACGACGAUUGCCACGUGCUCGUGGGAUCACACGAUCAAGCUGUGGGAUCUGUCGAUGGGCGGCAUUAAGACGGAGUUUACCGGUAACAAGUCGUUCUUCGAUCUGAGCUAUUCACCGUUGAAUGGAAUGAUUAUCACUGCUUCGCCGGACAAAAAUCUUCGCCUGUACGAUCCUCGAUCAAAGCAUGGCAACUUUGUGAAAAACACCUACCUGGGACACUCGCAAUGGGUACAGACGUGCCGUUGGUCCACCACAAACGAGUAUCUGUUCGUGUCCGGUGCGUACGACAAUCGCGUCAAGCUGUGGGACUACCGUUCACCGAAGGCACCGAUCUUUGAGCUGAUCGGCCACGAGGACAAGGUGCUGGCAUGCGACUGGUCCAACCCGAAGUACAUCCUUUCCGGCGGCUCCGACAAUGCGGUGCGCGUGUUCAAAUCUAGAAUAGCGGUUGAUAACACCAAGGACGAUUGAAUGGCCGCGCUACAUUUUUGAAUCGUAUGGUUAUUCGUAUGUAUAGAUGCUUACAUUUCUGGUAAAGCUGUAGCUUUCAUUUAUACAUAAGCGCAACAUAAAUAAAUGUACGAACGGCAAAA